UUUCGUUGCGUAAGCUGCGUGCUACGCAAACUCUAUGAUUGCGGGAUACAAAAAAAUAGUAUAAUCGUUGGAUAUAGAGAACAAUAUAAAGAUUUGUGUGUGCAGUGACUGUGGACAGUGUUUAUUGUUUAAAGAACUGAUAUUGUGCAUCACGUUUACUGCACUUUUUCGGAGAUGGUUAUCCUCACCAGCCGUGCGGAUAUGUCAGAAGGUCCAGCCACACCCGAGUGGGACAUCAACGACGCGGUAGUACCGCGUGUCACCAGCUUCGACUCCUUCGGCGAGUGGUGCGACGGCCACGUGCGCAGAGUGUAUCCCCCCGGGUGUGAGGAGGCCCGCAGACACGCCUCCGGCUGGGCCAUGAGGAACACGAAUAACCACAACGUUCACAUACUGAAGAAAAGCUGCCUCGGCGUGCUGGUCUGCUCCACCAGAUGCAGGUUGCCAGACGGCUCCCGUGUACACUUACGGCCAGCGAUAUGUGAUAAAGCGAGGAAAAAACAACAAGGUAAACCAUGUCCAAAUCGUCUGUGCAACGGUGGUCGUCUCGAGGUCCAGCCGUGCCGCGGUCACUGCGGCUACCCGGUCACACACUUCUGGCGCCACACAGAGCACGCCAUCUUCUUCCAAGCGAAGGGUUCCCACGACCAUCCGCGCCCAGAAGCCAAAGGAGCGAGCGAAGUGCGACGCUCGCUCGGUGCUGGCAGGAGAGUCCGCGGCCUGGCGUUGCUCCUUGCGCGGGAAGCGGCAAUCGCAGACAAAAUCCUCACCGUGAAACCAGAAAAGCAUAUGAUGCAACAGAAGUUGAACACGCACCCACAACCUCCGCCGCUUAUUCCUGACAACCAAAGACUUUUAACUUGCACGUGUGGACCAUUCGAAUGCAACUGCCGGUGGCGAUCUGAAACAGCAGCGGAACCUUACGCGUCAGCUGCAUGGACACCAACAGAGCACCAGUCCUACACUGCGUACAUCCCGCCCAACCAACCGACGCCGUCAAUUCCUCCGCCCCAGCAAUACGAUCCAAACGCUCUUCCAGCUGACGACAUAUUCCAUCCAGAGGAAAUCUUCCAACUCGAUCAACCCAUACGCCUCGACUUCCCAAUGGAAGAAAACACUUUAGAAUCAUCCCCAACAUUUGCGGAUUUAAACGGUGAGAAUUCAAGGCCUGAAGACGCGUACUGGCUGGAGUGGCAGCGAGCUGCAGGCGGCUCAGAAUCUAGUGACACCCCAUCCCCCGAACUCUUCGGCAAUGGUUACCAACAAACAGAAAUUUAUUGCGACCAACAGAAUUACAUCCAUCAGAAUUAUUACCCAGAAGAAGCGCAAUAUUACCCAAUGGAGAACAUAAGGAACUCCUCUCCUGUUAUGGAGAUGCAGGACCAAAGGUACUAUAGGUACGGUCAAGAUUGUGCGCAAAACAAUUUAGAUGUGCAAACGUGGAACUAUUCAGACUGUGCCUUCAGCUCGCACGAGGUGCCCGAGUGCAAACAGUACUACGACGUCCAGCAUUCGCAAGCCGUCAAUGGCUUUAGUCCACUGUUAUAAUGUUAAUAUUGUAAAUUUGUACAUAACCGUUGUAAAUUGUAUAUAUUGUAGUUGUUAUCACAUGUUAAUCAAAACCUAAGGAUUUGUGCUAAGUGAUUUGUUCCUUUAAGUUAAGAGUUAGACAAUUUGUUUGUCAUCACGAGACUUAAUAAAACGUUUUUGGGAGUGCUCACUUGUGAAAUAAAUAAAACAAAUGUUUUUUUUAUAAAAUGGUCUAUUUAUUGUAUAUAAAAAUUACAUUAAAAUUGUCAAUUUAACAUUUUUUAUUUUCUAACGAUAAAAUUGGUCACUACAAAAUAGUCCAUUAAGCGAUCACACUAUUUAGAAUAAUAUAAUAUGCAAUCGCGAGAUGUACCUCUAAUAUAUCCAUCGACAUGUACGAUAACAUGGCGUUUUGUAACAACGGUCAGCUAUUCGAUUACGAUAUAGAAGGUAUUCGGCAAACUGUAGAUAUAAACUUUAGGUCCAGCACAAAUGCUCCAGGCUCAGUUAACAUAAUGAUUACUCCCAAUCUUGAAAAUGAGAUUCAACAACCCAUCACUAUUUACAAUAACAAUAUCAGGUAUAAUCAUUGACAAGACUAUCGCCGAGGGAAUCGAACCUGAUCACAUACCAGACGAUAAAAUAUACUUCGUCGUUUACAUUUACGAGUAACCCCGAAUACCUUGUCAUCCUGUAAAGUCUCAUUUCAGGCGUUACGAAGCAUCAAACGACCACACUGUGAUGACCAAUUUUCAAAAUUCAUAUUGCUAAAAUACAUUAACAACUUUGCAGUACAAAGCAGACUUAUAUAGACAAAAAAUUUGUGAUUAACAUUACGUCCUUAAAAGUAGGCCCUAUUCAAUUAAUGUUGCCAUAUUAAAAUCAUUUAUUAAAGGACUGAGGAGAGCACAGCACGCACUAUCACAGCGGUCGG